UUCCAUUAAUCUUUCUGAGUUUCUUCUUCAAACUUAUUCUCGGAGCAUUUGAGUAGCAGCAAUGGCGGACAAGCCAAGCCGAGGGUUGAUAAUAUAUGGGGACGGGUUGGCUCGCUUAAUUCAACCAUCACAUACCCAUCUCCACUCUCUCGCAUCUAUAGCCAACUGUGGUUUCUUGAGCCUCCCCAAUUCUCCACCUUCAGAAAGCGAGGAUGAUAGGAUCGUUAGAGAGUUUGCGGUACUGGUGGAUGCCUUUGAGGCAUUGAACAAGAACGGGCAAUUUGCUAGUGAAUCGAAGUCUCAAGAAUCAUCCUUGAUUCCAAGCAUAUCAGAGAGGUUUAUGGGAAUGAAAGCUGCUGUAUUGAGUAACAAUUCUAGUUUGAAGUCUUUUGGAGAAAAAUUCGGAUUCGAUGUAUUGAACGUGAAUGGACUAUUAGGAAAUAGCAAUACUCCCCCCGGAUCAUCGGUUGAUAGUUUGACGUCUGAAUUGCUGUCCUUGCUUGGAUUCCAAGAAGGGAAGAUAAUGGAAUCCAACCAGUUUGAUUUAGUGAUUUUUCAUGUUGGGUCUGGGGAGAACUUGAAUGUCGAAAGCAGCGACGCUGCAGCUAGUGAUGUGGAAUUCAUGAAUGCUUUGCUUGGUGCUAUCAUGAGUAUAGCUACGCCUGGAACUGAAGUUGGUUCUCGUCUACUCUUGUCCCUCGUAAUGAGCUAUGGAUACGUGUCAAAUGCUGAUGAUCCCGGUUUGUCAAUUUUGAGCACUAAAGAUGAGAAGAAUCCUCAUCUUUCAGUACUUUUCCCUAAACAGAGUUAUACCAUGAGAGGAGAAAAUCCGAGAAAUGAUGUUCGGCACCACAGUCCCAUGCUAUUUGCUCAAUAUCAGUAUGCUGUAACCCGCAAGGACAUGGUAGAGACUUUUUCUUUUGAAGAUUUUAAAGAGCGUUCCGGAAAUCUUUCCAUACCGGCCGACAGGAUGCUGCAUGAGGUAGCAUUUAAGCUUUGGAAGGCGCCCAAGUAUGGUGCAUAAGAGGAACCUGUUCCUGCCGGUCCCUCAAAAUAAGAGAAACGUGAUAAGCUUAUGGUGCAUCCUGUACUCUUGAAAUCCUUGUUUUCUCUAGUGAUCUUAUUCUUUGAUCUACUCUCAACUUUAGCUAACCACGCCUGUGUUAUGAUACACAUUCUCUCUAUUGAUCAAAGUCAGUUGAUUAUCGCAUAUUU